AUGAAUUUCCUGUCGGUCAAUUUGCGUGGUAUGGGGGGUGAUUUGAAGUCGGGUUGGAUCAAGGGCAUUAAGAGGGAGCAUGGGGUUAAUUUUAUGAUGCUGCAAGAAACUAAACAGGGCUCAGUCUCCCGUUCCGAUAUAUGCAAGUUCUGGGGGAGUGGCUCUUUUGGGUCGGAGUCCGUCGAUUCCUCGGGUCUUUCUGGAGGUCUAUUGAGCAUCUGGGAUGAUAGCAGGUUUCAUCUGAGCGAGUCUGUCAAGGAGAGAAAUUAUAUUUUGAUUAGAGGUUCUCUGGUUGGUAGUAAUUCUAUGUUGAAUGUUCUCAAUGUCUAUGCCCCUCAGAGCAUCCAAGCGAAAAAGGUUCUUUGGGAUAAUUUGUUAUUAUUGAUUAACAGUAAGGAUGGGAUGUGGGUUGUAGGCGGGGAUUUCAACGCUGUUCGGAGUAGGGAGGAAAGGAGGAAUUGCUUCUAUAAAGCGGCCUGUGCUGAUAAUUUUAACUCCUUUAUUUUUGAGUCGGGUCUUGUGGAAUACAAUAUGAGGGGGGGUGCGUUUACGUGGCGAUCAGAUAAUGGUAAAAAGAAAAGCAAGCUUGAUAGAUUCCUCGUUAACUCUGAGUUUUUUAACUCUUGGCCGGAAGCUGAGCUCAGAGCUUUGCCUAAGCUGUGGUCGGACCACAGUCCGCUGGUCCUGUCAUCGUCUGUGGUGAAAUUUGGGGCUCGUCCAUUUCUUUUUUUUAACUCUUGGCUUUCAAAGGAGGGUUUCAAGGAGGUGGUGGUGGAUGCUUGUAUCAAUUUUCCGGAUCCUGGCGGCCCUCGGGAUGUUUAUCUUAUUAAAAAACUUGGAGUAGUUCGAAGUAAGAUCAAAGAAUGGAGGGAUGAUAUGAUCAGGAAAGAAGGAGAAGUUGUUUCUAUUGCUAAAGAAGAAGUGGAAGCGAUUGAAGAGAUUUUGGAAUUAAGGGAGUUAACGGAGGAAGAAGAAUGGUCUCUUGUGGAGAAUAGAAAGAUUCUAGCUGAAGUGGAGUUAGCUAAAUCCAUGGACCUGAAGCAGAGGUCUCGUAUCAGGUGGGCUAAGGAGGGAGAUGAGAAUUCCAGAUUCUUCCAUUCCCAUAUUAAUUGGAGGAGGGCCUGUAACGUGAUUCACGGUCUGGAUGUUGAUGGCCAGUGGGUCUCAAAACCUUCCCUGGUUAAGAAGGAGGUUUUUUCUUUUUUCAGAUCUCGGUUCAAGGAAGAGUGCUCGGAUAGGCCGAGCCUUGGCUGCCCGGAUGUGCAAAAGAUUUCAAGUUCCGAUGCGAAUGCUUUGGAGUCCCCCUUCUCGAGGGAAGAGGUCAAACGUGCAGUUUUUGAGUGUGGGGAUGACCGGGCCCCCGGCCCGGACGGGUUCAAUUUUAGGUUCUUCAAAUUUUUUGGGAGCUUUUUGAGGAGGAUUUUGUUAGUUUUGUCUCGGAGUUUCAUGGUUCUGGCCGGAUUAACUUGGGAUGUGGGUCUUCUUUCAUCACGCUUGUUCCUAAAAAGAAGGAUCCCUUGA